AUGAUUAAUAGGAAUUCCCGAGUUCGCUACGAUAUGGGGGCUAAGUCCCAGGAGUUAGUCCUGCUCCUGGCAGUAUGUGCUCUUGCAAUCUGCGAGACUGUCAACAAAACUGCGAAGAAAGAUAAAGAUGCAGACAAUUUCCUCUUCCAAUAUGAAGAUUAUGAUUCAUCAGAUAACCAGGAAGUCCUGUUUAAUGAGGACAGGCCCUGCCCCAGAGAUUGUCUAUGCACUGUAUCUCAAGGAUAUCGAACAGCUAAGUGUAAUCGUCUAGAACUAGGAACACAGAAGUUUGGAGACGACAUAACCGAUCUUGUCAUAGAAAACGCGGAUCCAAGCUCUCCUAUAACAUUAGAUGAUUUUAUUUUCAAAAAGUUAGGUUUGCAUCAAAUUGCAACCAUCAAAAUCGUAAACAGCACCAUCACUUCCGUUGGGGCUAACGCUUUCCACGGACUUCAUGAACUUUACGCAGUAAACUUAUCCAAUAAUAAACUAAAAAGCAUUCACUCAGAAACGUUUGCAAAUAAUAAAAAAUUAUUACUGCUAACACUUUCUAACAACCCACUUAAGUUUCCUGCACCUGGCUCACAAGAAUAUUUUCUAAAUGCUUCAUCCGUUCAAGAGUUUGAUAUUUCUUACUGUAACAUGCAAUACCUAACUGCAAAUACGAUUAAAAACAUGCCCGGACUUAUGUAUUUGAAUCUAGCUGGAAAUAACCUAUCCAAUAUGGAGGAUGACACCUUUAAAACGCUAUUAGAUUUGGAGGAAUUAGACUUGAGUGACAAUAAUAUUAAAUUUUUACCAGGAGAAAUAUUUUCCGAAAACACAGAGCUUGCUACGCUCCACAUUCAAAGGAAUCCGAUCGAUUCAGUAUUCGGUUUACAAAUAUCCGACUUACUUACACUUAAUGCUGGACAAACAAAUAUAAGCUUCAUUGGACCAUCUAUGUUCCUGGGUAUGACGUACAUAGCUAAUUUGAAUCUGAGCGGAAACAGCCUGAAAAAAAUCCAUAACCAAGCAUUCCAUAAAUUAGUUGAACUCAAUUACCUGGACCUGUCUUAUAACGACUUAGACUUUGUUUCAAGCGUUUUAAUUAAAGAGAACAUUGAACUGGAUAUUUUCAAAAUUUCGAACAAUCCUCGUCUUAAACAUUUGCCAAUGGAGGGAUUCAAUUGCUCUGCGGAACAAUUCAACAUUUAUCUCUUUGAUGCAUCAAACUGCGGGCUGGAAGAAAUAUUUGACGAUUCUCUGAAAACGUUUACGGCACUAUCCCAAAUAAACCUCUCUGGAAACAAAAUCAAAACUAUAAGUAGCAAAGUAUUUUCAAGAUCCCCAAAAUUGAUUGAUAUUAAUUUGUCUUAUAAUCAAAUUACUUCUCUGGAUAGCAAAGUCUUUGAGAAAAAUAGCGAUUUAGGAAAAUUAAAUCUUCAAGGAAAUCCUCUGAAAGUUCUUUCAACUGAAAUAUUUGUCUAUACACCAAUACUCACUUGGUUAGAUAUGAGUCAUGCGGAGCUGACUGCUCUUUGGAAGGUAGAAAAGACUCAACCAGCAACGCUGCUCAACAACUUAAAUUUCCUGAAUGUUUCACAUAACCGUAUUACUGAGAUCAAGCAAACCGAAUUAGACACGCUUAACAAAUUACGCACACUUGAUAUAAGUAACAAUUUACUUGCUUGUAGCCGGGACUUCGAAAACCUCAUGUCUUGGUUGAGCCAACAUAAGGUGUCUCCUAAUUCCAACACAGCUAGCAUUGCUAACUUAGCUAAGGAUACAAAAGAAGAAGAGACUAACUACAGUUGGGAAUUCCUGUCACGAAAAACAUGUGGGACAGCAAUGCCACACCCAGUCGAACCUCUGCCAUCCGUGUCCGAUGAAGAGAUUUGGGAAAGGAUCGACAAAGAUGCUGAAGGUAACUUCGAUUUGAAGGACACCCUCGAUGAUGGCAAGAUAGCCGACGAUACUAAACUAACAAAUGAUGAGUCAAACGAAAAGAUCGAUGACGACAACGCAGACAAUGACGCCGAUGAUGAAGAUGAAGACGGGGACGAUGAUGACGAUGAUGAGACAGGAGAAGAUUAUGAUGAUAACGAUGAUAAUGUCGAUCUUAAAGUCAAUUUGAUUGACAAACCGGUCUCUCAGUCUACCGCUAAACCUACUGCAUCAUCUCAAAAGGAUAAGGUGGAUAUUGCAAUCAAACUUCUGGAAAACGACAGCGUCUACGAUGACCUAGAACCUGAAGUAUAUGUUCAAGAAUCAAUGAAAGAUCAAGAACACGGCCGUUAUGAGUAUCUGUGGCCAAUGUUAAUCGCUAUUUUGGGCGCGCUACUACUUUUGAUCGUCCUCGGAAAGGUCGUGAUGAUGAUUUGCCAGAGAAGAAACAAGCAAAUAAGAUACAACAGUGCCAUAAUCGCCGCCAUGAGCAAUGCUGGUCGCACAAAGAAGGACUGUGGUCUCGUUUACCAGCAGCUAUCAGAGGAAUUAACAGGACCUACUACACCUAAACUCAACCGCUACGCUCCGUUGCACAACGUUGCAGUAAACGCAUCUAACAUGUCUUACGAAAGUAGUCCUUUCCACCACAGCAACAUUGUGCCAGAGGCGGUUUGA